GACCCAGGUGGUUUUUUGUUUUUGUUUUUUUGAUCCAGGUGUUUUAAAGAAUCCCAUGUUGAAGGUGGGGCUGGCUACAGGGAGGAGCGGGGCAUCUUCUUGGGUCCUGGCCUUCCUUCCUUCAUGUGUACGUGCCUGUCAGCAAGUGGCUCUGACUGAUGCAUGGAUCCCUGCAUCCUGGCUCUCAGCCAUGUUGCUGGAGGUGGCGUCUGUGUGCUGGUCUUUCUGUGGCCUCUGCAUGUCCAGGCCUGUUAGGGGUUGCCCAGCAACUGUUUUGGUACCAGGUGUGUCUGUGGUAUGGGUGUGAGUAGACUGACAAUUAGUUUAAUCACAAGGGGUGUGUGUGCACAUGUGCUUCACACAUCCACGUAGGCAGGAGAGGACUGCUGAGCUUUGAGUCACUAGGAUCUUCUAAUGAGAGGUAAGAGAAGUCACUGGGCUUAGCUAGGCCUUGGAGGCCUGUAUAGAACUCUCUGUUGCUACGGCAACCAUGAGCCUGUUGCUAGGAGAUAGUUGGGGAAGGCCCAAGGCUGCUCAGGGCAAAGAGAUGAACAGAACAGUCUGAGAGAGUGGGGGAGGAUGUGGACAGGGAUGGGUUUCUGGGUCCUUGGGGGUACGGGAUACUCACAAACAACUUCUUCACUGGGGAGUCACUAUUUAUCACUGGUCGUGAUUUACAGGAAUAAAAAUAAAAUUGCUUUUGGAAUCACCAACUCAUGAAGGCUGCUGAGGGCUAGGUUGGGGGUAUAGCAGCAGCCCUGCUUUCUCUACCCAUCUCCCAAUAGAAGAAUCUUCUUCCAGUCCCGAAUUCACUGGGCCCCAAGUUUACCCCAGCCAGAGAUGGGGUAGUGUCACUGUGCUAGAAUGCUCUAGAACCUCCAGACAAAGGGUUGGAACCAGGAUCACAGAGCAUUCCAGUGCCUUUCCAGCCUAGGUGGGGCCAGCCCUCUCUCCAGCACCCCCAGCAGGCCUCAUGUGGACACUGGCAUUAGGUGGCAUCUUCCUGGCAGCCGUUGAGGCCUGUGUCUUCUGCCGUUUCCCAGACCGUGAGUUGUCGGGCCGCCUGGCUCGGCUUUGCAGCCAGAUGGAGGUCCAGUGGAAGGACUGUGAGGUCUCCUGGACAUUCUCGGCUUUUGCCUUAGAUGAUGCGUCCUUGAACAAAAUCACAGAGAAGACUCACAGAGUCCUGAGAGUCAUGGAGAUCAAAGGGUCUCUCUACUCACUCCCUUCGUAUUGGCAAUGGCUUCAGAAGACCAAGCUCCGGGAGUACAACAGAGAAGCUCUCUGCCCUCCCGCCUGCCGGGGCAGCACCAUCCUGUACAACUGUUCCACCUGCCAGGGCUUCGAGGUGUACUGUUGGCCCCGAAAGCGCUGCUUCCCAGGAAGUCACGAUCUUUGGGAAGCUCGGAUCCUGCUCCUCUUUGUGUGUGGAACUGCCCUGCUCCUGGGUGUUCCGAGCCUCGUGGUGGAGUACAACUACUUCCAAGCAAAAAGUUGACUUGUGAAAACGAGGACAGAGCCUAGCCUCCAGUUCUAAGGAGCUUGUGUGCCCACAACGUCCACUUCUCUCUUGGGGUUGGGGGUGGGGUGGGGAGGGGGGUGGACAGCCAGACCCUUAAUUCCAGCCCCAAGUGGUUCAAUCUUCCAGACCCUGAUACUCAGACAUACCCCAUAGUCCCAGUGUCAGAUGGUCUCCUGGGACCCAGGCACCCACAGCUAGAAAGCUCCUCCCCUUCAUCCUUCAACCAAUCAGAUGGGGGCAGUCCCUGUGCCAGGAAAAUAUCUACAGAAGGAAAGAAUCCCCUCUGCUCACCACCACUCCCACACCCCCUUCUGCCUGUUCCCGGAAAACGUGGGGGCUGCCAGGCCCCAGAAACUCCCCUUGGCCCUCCUGUGACUGAUUGGGAAUCCGGGAAUGAGUGUUCUGGAAAAGUCCCUCCCCCUAGAGUGAGACCACAUCAGUCAGCCUGCUGGCAUGCUCCCCUUCCAUUUAACAUUGUGAAGCCUCCCACAGAGAGGGGCCUCCCUCCUGCCAGGCCCAACUAAACGUGCUGUCAAAUGGC